CUUUGGUCUCUGACUUUAUCCGUCUCCUUGUCAACAGGCUUUCCACCAAAGAUUGAAGCUCUUCCGCAGAACGUCAGCGCAGAGGCGGGAAAGUCCCUGACGGUGGCUGGAGUGUUCUCCGGAGAACCCGCGCCCUCUGUCCAAUGGGUCCACUCAGGUCGGACCCUCCCCAACGGGAACGAGCGGUGCCACGUGGAGAAUGCCGCCGCCCUCUCCACCCUGGUGAUCUCUGCGGUGAAGGAGGCCGAUGGCGGAGAGUACACCCUGCGACUGUCCAACGAGUUCGGCUCUGACUCUGCAACUGUUAACGUUCACAUUCGGUCCAUGUAAAAAAAAAAAAAGAAAAAAAGCUAAUUUAUAUCCCAGUUUCCCUCUUCCAGAACCUUUUUAUUUAGUGAAUUAGCAACGAUAAUCUUACGUGAGAAAGAUCUGGAUUUCUGUUCUUGUAAAUAUGAACUAUUUUUGUACCAAACUUGACAUUAAUUUAUGCCAAACUAGACUAAAGUCUAAAGUUGUUAUAAAAUGUGCCAUAUUGGACAAUUAUGACUUAGGAUUUUUGAACCACGUUUCUGUGACAUGUACAUAAUGUAUAUAGCCGAAUUUAACGGUUAUGGGAAAUGUAUGCAUUGUUAUUUAUGACAAUAAUAUUAACUGAAACAAAAGAACAAAUGCUUUAACAGGAGAAAGUUCCAGAAAGAACGAAUACCCUGUCAAACUGAGAAACUAAACUCUGUGCCUCAACGAUAAGUUGAAGUCUAAGAUUGCCUCAGCAGGUAGAGAGGCUCCCUGUUGAUGUUCUGAAACAAAAAGACAAAGUUGUUGUUUCGUCGCGCGUCUGCGUGCGAUAUUACAGUUUCCUAUGAGUUGUACCGUGAGUGUAAGACCCUGAGUGCUGUUUGCAUCACCCUCAUGUAAGCAGCAUGACGCGGCCUUGUGCUCAGACUGACUGCGUCAUACCACCAAGAUUUGUUGACCAGCUCAGAGUGCGAGCGGCCUGCACUCUCAGCAUUUAGAUCAUUUUAAUAAAGAGCGCUGCUUCUGCACAGGACGGCCGGAGCGGCUUCCUAAACGUAACAUCUCCUGGCCAUUAAAGAGGAAGUCGCCGCUGGCUCUGCGGUGCAGACGCAGCGCUGUCUCUCGGAGGAUAGCUAGCUAAUGUGUUUGUGUUGCAGUGCGAGUGUUGGUAGCUUUUAGUCAUUUCACCGUGUCAGUAGUCAGGGUCGUCUUUGUUCACCACAGGUACUCCACCUCCUGUGAGAGAAAACUACAGUCCUGUUUUCCACCCUGCAGUUUGGUUUCAUUGAUCUGUUGAUGUAGAACUGUAUUUCAUCCUCCUUGAGUUUUAUUCAUUUCUGAUUUAAUAAAGCAUGAUUUCAGCACUA